AUGUCACAGCUAGUGAAAGCUGCGAUGACGUCGGGAAUGGCGGAAGCAGUCGGUGUGCUCAAAGCGAGACGCACGAUGCAAAGUGAAGCUGUUGAUGAAGCAACAGGAUGCAGCGUCGUGGUGGACGGGAUGCUCCGGUGCAGGCAGACGGACCACGGCGUGAUAUGGGCGUGGGGAGGGAAGGUACCGUGGGGCGAGACGACGGUUGGUGGAGGAGGAGGCCGCAGGGUCGAGUGUCAAACCAAGUUGGACUCGAUGGUGUGCAGUCGUGGUAUUAAAGGGUCUGCGGCGGCAAUGGACCCAGCAAGUGUUGAAGAGGAGGAGGGAUGGGGGAGAGUGUUGAGGGCGGUAGCGCAGAAGAACGUGCAGGGCGGCGACUAUUGGGGAGUGGUUGGAUUCGGGUGUGAAGCCGACGGCGGAGGGCGAAACACGAGGUACGAUGAGGUACAAGAAUGUAUCGGGCUGUUGGCUACCUGGUGCUCCUUGCUGCUUGCUGCUCGUUACUCGCUGCUCGCACCACCACCACCCAGCAGCGGUCAUCGGCGAGCGGCCAGCGGUGCAGCCAACCCACCCCAAGAUGCCGCCAGCGCCGGCUCUAGUACCAAAUGCUAUCUUGUUUAUCUCCCGACGUCAAGCGAAGGGCGAGCUGGCCUCGCUGGCACGGCCACUCUUGGAAACGGUGCAGGCAGGCAGGCCGUGUUGGGGGGUCUUGUUUGUGGUCCCGUACACAUAAUAAAUUACUGUGACCAUGAUGGAGAUGCUCCUGCUGUCGGCCUGUUGACUGAGGCCCGUCGAGGCCCCGGCCGCUAUCAGCAUGAGUGGCCCGACAGCAGGGCCGGGGCGUGA